GGAUUGAGAUUUUGUUCUGAAUUUGUUUAAUUGAACUAAUAAGAGAUUAAUUGUUGAAUUCUGUGUUUUAUUCUGACUUGUGAUGCUCCUAAAUAUAAUAUUUUAAUUUUUACUUUGAGCCUGCUGAUUAAUAAAGUAAAAUGUUUUGUUAAUCGAUAUUUAAGUUGUGAAAGUUUUUUUUUUUUUUUAUUGUUGAAUUCUAUUUCAGGAGGGCGAUUAAUCUGCUGUGCACGAGACCCUAGUGAAUAAGCUUCAGCACAUUAUUGGAUGUCUCUGUGUAACUGACCUGACUCUCCCCUUUGCCCUGUUUAGGUCAUAUAGAGCUGAACAGUCAAAGAUCGUCAGAUGAUCACAAAGAGUAGACAGGCAUUCAGACAGAGAGGAGAUGGAAGAGUCUAGCAGCAGGUUGUACUCAGGACCUCUGUCUCAGGCGGUGCAGAAGAUCCUGGCUGUUCUGCGGGCCCAGAGUCUACAUGAGGCCAGACCCUUCCACAGCGUCUCCUCAAAUCACAGACAAAGUCAGUCAGGGCGUAAGCAUUGCACCAUUGAAGAAUUCAGGCCGUCUUUCACCCUCAGUCUCUCUCCAGAUGUCGACGGUACAGAUGAGACUGCUAAUGGAGGUCUCAGCGGGAGCAGCUCAAGCGUGGUACUGACCCCAGCAAGCACUUAUGCUGCUGGACAAAGCUCCUCCUCAGUGCUGGACUUGGCCUCAACUGUUCUAAAACCAAGCACAGAGCAGGCAGAAAGCAGCCUACUUGCUUUUAAAACUCAACCCCCCUUGAUCCCCUCCUUCAUCUUAAAGUGGAAGCAUGAAGUACAUCGUCAAGAAAAAGCUCACCAACCUCCUAAAAACUACCUGCCAAGGCGUCAUCCUAAAUGGGAGCCACCACGUUCUUCACAAGAAAAGGCCAGGGAUAUUCAUGGACUGAAGGAAGCCAAAGUCAAAACAGCAAACCCUGAACUCACAGCUACAUCCAUACACCCUCAGAACACAAUUAGCCAGUCACAUAAAUCAAGAAGAGGACAUCAAGACCCAUGUGCCUUAAAGCAAAGCCAACAAAAAGCUGAAAAAAAGUGCUGUGAAUCUGAUUCUGCAACCUGCAAACCACCCAAGAGCAAGCGGGCAAAACGUGAGCCUGAUCAGGGGAAAGAUAUGACAAAAGUAUCGCAUGCACAGGCAAAUGGUAUUGAACUCCAGAACCAAUCCAAAGCUGGCUGUUUGACAACUUCCCUGACAUCUGACCCCAGGGUGAAGGAUUCUGGGAGGAUGAACUCGGAGGAGAAGAUGCAGAUGCUUGAGGAGGCUGGGAAGGCCAAAGCACUGGUACUUACCUUGGUGUACAGAGACGGGACAACUCAGUUAGACCCAGAACAGAAAACGACUCCUCCAGUGUGUGGCCUCCUCUUACUGAUGAUGAACAAUCUGAGCUCACCAGAGAACUCGUUUGGACCAAACGACAGUCUGGUCUACCUAAAAUUAGAGCACACACCUGCAUGGGCCCAGCAACACACACACCAGAGCCAGGCGCUCUUUGCGAGAGAUAUGCUGCUACAGGUGCUAUCAGGAUCUCAACUAGUGGUGUGCUAUAAAGCCAAGGAUCUGCUGCGAACAGCUCUGCAGGUUUACAGAGGAGACCUCAGCUGGAAACAAGUGGCAGGCUGUCGUAUCCAGGACCCACAGGUGUCAGGCUGGCUCCUGGAUCCUGCAAAUCCCUCCUCUUGCUACAAUGACCUUCUCAAUAAACACCGCAAAACACCCUGUGUUAUACCUGCCCUGGGUACCAAGAUGGUUUCUCAGGUCAUCUCACGUCUCUGUUUGCUUCACUGGCUUAACAUGGAGCUUUGCUCUAAACUGCAGAGCCGGGGGCUGUGGCAGCUGUACUCAGACAUGGAGCUGAAAAUGAUCUCUGUUCUGGCAGCCAUGGAGAGCCAUCGCAUCCAUGUGGACAAAGAAGCUCUCAGGAGGACUUCAGACCUGCUGGGGACAAAGAUGAAGCAGUUGGAGCAGGAUGCCCACCGUGCAGCUGGAGAAAUAUUCUUGGUCACCAGCAGUGCUCAGCUACGGACAGUCCUGUUUGAGAAGCUGUGCCUCCACGAGCGCUGCGAGAACAAGAAACUUCCCAAGACCGUCAACAAACAGCAGCAGUCAACAUCAGAAGCUGCAUUGUUGCAGCUUCAGGACCUGCACCCUCUGCCAAAGAUUAUUCUAGAGUACAGACAGGUUCACAAAAUCAAGUCCACUUUUGUUGAUGGGAUUCUCUCAUGCAUGAUGAGCAAGAACUACAUUUCCUCUACAUGGCACCAGACCAGUGUUGUGACAGGGAGAAUCUCAGCAAAGCACCCAAACUUCCAGGCCCUGCCGAGACAGCCGCUUCAGAUCAUCAAGAAGCAGCACAUCCAAGGAAAGGAGGAGGAGGUGGUGACUGUUCAUCCUCGGGCAAUGUUCAUUCCUCAGGACGGGUGGACUUUUCUCUCUGCAGAUUUCUGCCAGGUGGAGCUGCGUCUGCUGGCUCACCUCUCCUGUGACCCUGAGCUGCUCCGCGUUUUCACCAACCCCCGGGCUGACGUCUUUGCCAUGCUGGCCUCUCAGUGGAAGGGGGUGAGAGAGGGUGAGGUGACUUCUGAGGACCGGGAACAUGCCAAACGUAUCGUCUACUCUGUCGUGUACGGGGCAGGUCGUGAGCGUCUAUCUGGGAUCCUCGGGGUGAGUGCUGAGCAGGCCAGCAGAUUCCAGGACAGCUUCCUCCAGACCUACAGAGAGGUCCAGGCCUUCAUCCAGAAGACCAUCCAGCAGUGCCACAAACGAGGUUAUGUGCUUUCCAUCAUGGGUCGGCGACGCACCCUCCCGAACAUUAACUCUCCAGACUGGGGCAUCCGCAUGCAGGCUGAGAGGCAGGCCGUCAACUUUGUGGUCCAAGGUUCAGCUGCUGAUCUCUGUAAGAUGGCCAUGAUCCGGAUCUUCAACCUGGUCUCCUCCUCCAGCUCGCUCUCUGCCAGGCUGCUAGCCCAGCUGCACGAUGAGCUUCUGUUUGAAGUGGAGGACUCCCAGGUGGAACAGUUUGCAGCUCUGGUGAAGAGCGUCAUGGAGUCCCUGCAGCGCAUAGACCAACAUGGAGCACAUCUCAAGGUCCCCCUGAAGGUGGCGGUCUCCAGUGGCAAGUCUUGGGGAUCCAUGUCUGAGCUUAACAUCCCUCCAACAUCUCCCUCUCAGGCUUCCUGACUCAUUCCUCUUCCCUCGCUUCCUCUUUCCUCCAUCUUUAUCGAACACAAUCUCCCUUUUCUGCUCCUAGCGUUCUCCCUCUGCUCUGUCAGUGUGCUCUCGUCUCUUUCUGUUCCAUUUCUCUCGUCGCACAGUCUCUCUCGGUCUUGCUCUCCCUCAUUCUUCACUCGUCCUGCAUCCACAUUGCUAUGGAAACCAGGCAGUAUCUGGGGGCAACGGCAGGAGCCACAGACUGGAUCGCACCAGUUCUUUUUUUUCUCUCUCUCUCUCUCUCUCUCUCUCGCUCUCUCUCUCUCCAUCCCAGAAAUAAGACUCCCUUUCCUGCUCCUCUGCUUAGUUUUCACACUCUCCUGUUAAGACUGUCCUCUCUGCUUUAUUGCCAAGGUGACGCUUCAUAUUUCUCUGGUUGUUCAUGUGUUUUUUAAAAAGGCAGAUCGGUUGACCUACUGUAUACAUGAAAUAUGCUGUUUUGUUUCAUGCAGAAAAUGUCCCUUUUUCAUGCUUUGCCACAUUAGCUUGAAUUAGUCUGCGAGCUAACCUGUUGCAGGUUCCCACUUCAUGCACGUAAUGACCUUUCCUUCAGGCGUUUUUUUAUGCUCAGUUGGCGCUAGUCCUUCAUUUUCAAGUUUGCACGUUUUAUCUAAGUGCAUUUUUAAAGGCUGAUGUACUGCAUCAUAACCUUGAUUUUAACAAAUGUUAUGAAUCCUGUUCCAGAGAUAAAUUGCAGGAAGAAGAAGAAAUAAAAUACUUCGAAAUCAGGUCUGAUUUGUUGAUAUAAUAUUUUGUAAUGGCAUAAAGCUAUUAUAUUUUCAGUGACAUUCUCUUUAAUACAAUUUAUCUUUGGCUUUCCUUCAAAGCAGAUGAUCUAAUUUUGCUCAGCCCUUAACGUCCAGCCCCUUGCUCUCUGCAGCUCAUCUUUUACCCACUUACUCGGCUCCAGCCCACUCUCCUCUUUGUCUUGCUCAUGCCCCUCUCUCUCUCUCUCUCUCUCUCUCCCUCUCUUUCUUUUUCUCUCUCACACACACACAUACAUUCCAUGAAUGCUCUUACACACACUUGAAUAUCAGUCCCCGGCUUCCAGGCACACUGACCGAGUUUCCUUGUCCCUGUCAGACACUUCUAGACUGUUUUUGCCCCUUUUUGUUUUAUCCUCCAAUUAAGACCCUGAAGCAAAAUGGGUCUAGUCAGUGACAUUUCAGACAAAGACUAAACCCCCUUACCAACUGGAAACAUCAACCUGCUAAUUAUAGGAGCUGUUUCUUGUUAAGACAGCAUGAAGGUGCCAUGUGGGAUAUUGAGUGUAUCCACUGAACAGUUCUGUCUUGUCAUGUUUUAACACUCCUCUAGAUUUAUUUUUCCGCAGCCCUUCAGUCGCUGCCUGUUGAACCCGCUGACAGCACCGUGAGCUGGUGUGAGAGCAGCUUUUCUCACCGGGUCAGUACGAGCAUUUCAGAGCCAGAGCAAUGGACAGUGUUAUGGAAAUCUCCCCCUCUAUUAUCUCAU